GCUCCCUGGACCCCGGGAGGGCAAGAAGCAGCCUCCUAGAACUGGUGGGAGGGAAAAAUGGAGGAGACAAGCCUGAGAAACAGGAGAGAGGAUGAGAGGUCCGUCCAGAGCAUCCAGAGUAAGGAACCCAAGACCACAAGUCUCCAGAAGGAGGUGGGCCUGCUCAGCGGCAUCUGCAUCAUCGUGGGCACCAUCAUCGGCUCUGGGAUCUUCAUCUCCCCCAAGUCUGUGCUCAGCAACACGGAAGCCGUGGGGCCCUGCCUCAUCAUAUGGGCAGCCUGUGGAGUCCUUGCAACACUGGGGGCCCUGUGCUUUGCGGAGCUUGGUACGAUGAUCACCAAGUCGGGGGGCGAGUACCCUUACCUGAUGGAGGCCUUCGGGCCCAUCCCUGCCUACCUCUUUUCCUGGACCAGCCUGUUCGUCAUAAAGCCCACAUCCUUCGCCAUCAUCUGCCUCAGCUUCUCCGAGUAUGUCUGUGCGCCCUUCUACUCAGGCUGCAAGCCCCCCCCAGUUGUUGUGAAAUGCCUGGCUGCCGCUGCUAUCUUGCUCAUCACCACGGUGAACUCGCUGAGCGUGCGGCUGGGGAGCUACGUCCAGAAUGUGUUCACGGCGGCCAAGCUGGUGAUCGUGGCCGCCAUCAUCCUCAGCGGCCUGGUCCUCCUGGCCCAAGGAAAUACAAGGAAUUUUGAGAAUUCUUUUGAGGGCACAAAACUGUCUGUGGGAGCCAUCAGUCUGGCAUUUUAUAACGGACUCUGGGCGUACGACGGAUGGAAUCAACUCAAUUACAUCACGGAAGAACUUAGAAACCCUUUCAGAAACCUGCCCUUGGCCAUCGUCAUCGGGAUCCCGCUGGUGACAGGCUGCUACAUCCUCAUGAAUGUUUCCUACUUCACUGUGAUGACUCCCACGGAGCUCCUGCAGUCCCAGGCGGUGGCCGUGACGUUUGGUGACCGUGUUCUCUAUCCAGCCUCUUGGGUGGUUCCACUGUUCGUGGCCUUUUCCACCAUCGGUGCCGCCAACGGGACCUGCUUCACAGCGGGCAGACUUGUGUACGUGGCGGGCCGGGAAGGCCACAUGCUCAAAGUGCUGUCCUACAUCAGUGUCAAGCGCCUGACUCCAGCCCCUGCCAUCAUCUUUUAUGGUAUCAUAGCGACUAUUUAUAUCAUCCCUGGUGACAUAAACUCAUUGGUCAAUUACUUCAGUUUUGCCGCAUGGCUGUUUUAUGGCCUGACGAUUCUGGGACUGGUUGUGAUGAGGUUUACGAAGAAAGACCUGGAAAGGCCUAUCAAGGUGCCCAUUUUCGUCCCCAUCAUGGUGACCCUCAUAUCUGUGUUCUUGGUUGUGGCCCCGAUCAUCAGCGAACCUGCACUGGAGUAUCUCUACUGUGUAUUAUUUAUGCUGAGCGGCCUUAUAUUUUACUUCCUUUUUGUCCACUAUAAGUUUGGAUGGGCUCAGAAAGUCUCAAAGCCCGUCACCAUGUACCUCCAGAUGCUGAUGGAAGUUGUACCACCAGAGGAGGCUCCAGAGGAACGGGCCUAGCCUCCGGGAGCCACAUCCAAACCGCGAUGAAUUUAUUUUUGUAAGCAAUAUUUGUGGUUAUUUCCUCCUGAUGUUUUUCCUUAAGAAAAAAAAUGUA